GUUAUCAAGAUAUAUUUAAGCCCGUUAAUGGAUACUUAAUCCAGCCGAUUAUGACCCAAAAUAUAUUUAUUAUUUAUAUUUUCAGAUAUUAACGAAGGAUUAUGUGACGGCUAACGUGGGUGCAAUAGUAAACUACCGUGUUUAUAAGCCCCUCCAUUGUUUAUUGAACAUUCGAUCACAUAUGUAAUUUAUUUUUGUUAUCAUCGCGGCCAUUCUUAGAUAAUGUUUUCUAAAUACUACGAGUAAUAAAAUGUAAUUAAAUUAAGACUCGUGUUAUCUGACUGUAGAGCAGACACAAUAUUCUGAGAAAGGCUAAAAACAUCUACGAUACCACUUACUUAAUUAUUUUUUGUAAAGAGUCUACGUAUCACGGAAUCACAAAGUAAUAAAAUGAUCAUACUUUUUUUAGGGAUGCGACAGAGAUGUUGACCAUCUCUGUCUUAAGGAAUAUAAUAAGUAAACAUUCACUAACGGACGUACUUGCGCUUCGAGAGUCAAUUAGUCUGCAGGUGAAGACUGAAGUGGCAAGAGCAGCAGCUGAGUGGGGCGUCAAAAUAGAACAAGUUGAAAUAAAAGACAUUGGAUUACCUGUGGAACUACAAAAAGCUAUGGCAGCUGAAGCUGAAGGAAGGCGAAUUGCGAAAGCAAACAUUAUUGCUUCUGAGGGGGAAGUAAAAACCGCUGAAUACUUAAAAGAGGCGUCAAAUAUGAUGCUGCAAAACCCUCAAAUCAUGCUGCUAAGAUAUCUGCAAACACUUAAUGCAGUCGCAGCGCAGCAAUCGACUUCUAUACUUUUUCCGUUCCCUUUUCAAAUCCCCGACGUGAUUUUCAAUUAG